AUGGAGAAAGAGGCUAUUCCAAACGAGCCGAAGGAGCCAAUAAACUUCAAAGAUGCUGUGGGAAGGAAAUUCACUUUUCCGUAUCAUCUAGUCAAGUCAUGGAAGGGUAUGGAAGAACUCAUCAAACAAGCUUUCCUCCAUGUCGAUGUAAUUGGGCCUCAUGUCCACGAAGGCCAUUACGAUCUUGUCGGGCCCAACGGCCAAGUCAUUCUUCCACAGGUUUGGCAAUCCCUAGUACAGCCGGGUUGGAAUGUGACCAUGCACAUGUGGCCUAUGCCCGAGCCCUCUCAGCACGCAACUCCGCCUGGACCUCCGGAUCCACUUCGAUACCCUCCUCCAUCCUCGCCUCCUCCCCCACUAGCUUCACCUGAAGCAACACUCCUUCCUAUUGAUACUUUGGAUGAUAGGGACUCGGAAAUCAGAAGUACUACAAAGCCGGAUGCUAUGCCUUUCUUUAGAUGGGCACCGGCAAGCCCAGGCCUGGAGCAGCCAAAUUGA